AUGUCUUUCGGCAAGCUCUACACGUAUCCCAAAGCGCCUCGAUCUACGAUGGUGCUCUUCGUUGCCAAGUAUAAUAAACUCGACGUCGAAAUUUGCAACGCAUUCCCGAUCAAAGUAUACCCGGAAAAGGGCGGCGUCGGUGAAGAAUAUCUCUCCAAGUUCCACACUGGAAAAGUCCCCGCGCUGGAGACCGCCGAUGGCUUUACUGAUCCAAACACAAAGCUGUGUGGAUCUGGAUUGAAGGAGGAGACAACUGUCCUUCGGUGGGCAUCAUUCACGAACUAUGAGCUCCUGCCACCCAUUAUGGCAUGGAUAGGACCCAUCAUCGGACGGGCACCUAGCAGUCCUGAGAUUCUCAAGACUUGUGAGGAGGCCUGUGAGGUGACCAUUCGUGCCAUCGAGAAGGAGAUCACAGGGAAGAAUUAUCUCGUUGGAGAUACGUUGACGCUUGCCGACCUCUUCGUCGUUUCUGGUCUCGCAAGAGGCUACCAAUAUGUCUUUACCAAAAGCUGGGCGGAAAAGCAUCCUGUGGUACACGAGUAUUAUAUGCACGUCCGUAACGACAAAGAUGGAAUAUUCGAUAGCAUACUCGGAUCUAACAUCAUUCGUGACGAGCCUGGUGGUACUUAUCCUGACUAUGAUGGCCUUUGA